AUGGCUUCUUUCUCGAUUGAGGAUUUUGUUGGGAAUGGAUCUCUGAAAAAACUUCUCCCAAAGCUUCUGGAGGAAGGCUGGGAUGAUGUCCCGACUCUAAAGGUUAUGAAUUCCGAGGACAUGGAUGAUCUAGGCAUGACUCGACAGCAGAAGGACGCACUUGAAAUUAGGUCAUACCUGCAUGAUCGGGGGCUGGUGCAGUACGGGGAUAAGCUGGAGUCCUCAGGGAAAUGUCUUCCUGAGUUUCUCAGCUUGUCAACUGGGGAUCUUUCUACUCAGUUCGGAAUGAAAAGAGGCCAUAUUGCUCGUUUUAUGGACCGAACCAGUGCAUGUGGCAUAGAUCCUUUACCAGCAUCAUAUUCUCUCCCAGCAAGAAAACGAAGCACUAUUCCUUCAAGAAACAAUAGCAUGUCUAAGAGUGAGCUUUCAUCUGUUAAUUCAAGAAAACUGCAGACUCAGAGUGUGACCAAAUCCCCUGGAAGAAGCGGUGCUGAUUUAUCCCUGGAGCCAUCCAUGGCAAGUUUGAAAAUAAAAGAUGGACAUGUCUAUAAAGGAAUUGUGGCUGCAAUGCCUGCAGAACCUAGAGCAUGUGGAUGUGUCCAACCUCCUGAAAUAGUUGAGAACGUAGCCCCUUAUUCCUUGAUUGAGAAUAUCUCGAUUCAGAAACUAACUCCAGAAUAUAAGAUUGGAGUGGAGCGUUUGGUGAAAACUAGAACACCUCCAAUGAAGGCUUCAGAAUUAUGGCGUGAGAAACCAGCUAUACUCCUCUGCAUCCGUCGACCAGGGUGUAUCAUGUGCAGAGCUGAAGCCCACCAACUAUAUACCAAGAAACCCAUAUUUGAUGCACUCGGGGUCCAACUAUUUGCAGUACUUCACGAGCAUAUAGAAUCUGAGGUAAAAGACUUCUGGCCCAGAUACUGGGGUGGUGCCGUGCUCUUUGACAGGGGCAUGGAAUUUUUCAAAGCCCUAGGUGGGGGGAAGCUGCUGAAAGAUAAGUUCAUAUCUGGUUUUCUAUUCAACCCUAGAGCAAUUGCAAAUUAUAAGCGGGCAAAGGCCAUGGGAGUGGACCAAAAUUUUAAAGGUGAAGGUGAGAUAAAAGGUGGCCUCUUCAUAGUUGGUAAAGGAAAGAGUGGCAUUGCUUACCAGUUCAUUGAGAGAAACUUCGGUGAUUGGGCACCUCUUGCUGAAGUCGUAGAAAUCUGUACUCAUUUCCAGAAUCAACAGCACAGUCAGUUGGAGUCUACAAAAUCAAUUCAAGAAGAAGAGCAGCUUGGGUUCUAA